AUGUCUAGAGCGAGCUCCACAGGCGGUGUCAUGCGCUCGCUGCGUCAUCUCAACCCUCCCACAAAAGGCACCAAGUUCGCCAUCAGAGCCCCUUCUCACGCCGCACACCGUCCCAAGUUCGUUCAGCCCAAAGACCGAAUCCCCUUCUGGAACAUUGUCCCCGGCGACCACGUCAAGCUCCGAUGUGGAAAAGUUGGUCAGAACGAAGGUCUCGAGUCGGGUAACGAAAAAGUCCGAGGUGAAGGUAUCGUCGUCAGCAUCGACAGGGAGAAGAACUGGCUCUGGCUCAGAGAUGUUGACGACAACAACAAGCUUGCACCAAAGUCCCUCCGACACAUUGUUCCUCGCUACGUCGACCCUCUUCAACCUGAAAAGGGCUACGGUCCCAACACCACCGAAAUCCCGCGUCCCGUCCACUACUCCAAUGUCAUGCUCAAAAUCCCCGGUUCGGAUCAGUUUGCAGUUCGUCUCUCGCGUUCAGCAGCAAAAUACGACAAGCGCAAGGGCAUGUAUAUUUGGAAGCGUUUCGCAACCCUCAAGGCCUCGGACGAAAAGCUUCUCGAAACAGGCAAGCCUUUUGAAAAGGUUGAAGUUCCCUGGCCCUCUCUCCCAGGUAAGCGUAGAAUUCGCGACUCGACCAUGAGCGAUCGAAACACCGUCGAAGCCGAAUCCUGGGCUCCAUGGAGACCCGAAGACCCCGUCUUGCUUCCCGAACGCAAGGGCGUGACCUCGCCUCAGUCAGAGCGUCGAGCUGCACUCCUCACCCUUGAGCGUAUGGAGCUCGACGCCGCCAAAGUCUCGCAAGCCGGCCCAUCCGCUGCACCCCACAACGCUCACGGCACUUACGCCGGAUUCAAGCAGGAAGCUCGUGCCAAGCCUCCCCCCAUCGCUCAGCCUCCGACCCCAGCAGAGACCAUCCGACUCCGCACCGACUCCGCCUCGGAAUGGGCCAGCGGUGAAGCCAUUCAAGCGCAUCGUCAAGAGGGCGGCCUCUCGUUCCUCUGGCGCGAUUAUCUCGAUGUCACUCCACGACACGGUCCGGCAAGCGGAGGGGAUUGGAGCGAGUUGCCUCCCAGCACACCCAAAGGCGGUCUCGACGCUCCUCGAAGCCCGCGCGAUGGCCGUCUCACCGACGGCGUCAGCCGCAACGACGUGGACCGCAUGCCUAUCGAGUUGCUCAUGUCGCGCGAUCUCACCAACGAACGUGGACUCAAGUGGAGGAUGAGGAGGUGGAAGGACAAGCAGGCUGAAAAGCAACAGCAAGCUAUCGACGAUCAGCGUUCAAGGAGCGAGCUGCUCAAGGAACUCGACGCUCUCAAAAUUUAG